AUGGAGCCGGAGCCCUUCUCGGGGGAGGCGGCGUAUCGCGCGACCCUCGCGCGACUCCGUGACGCAUCCGGCGAUGACGCGACGCGGAUCCUAAGAGAGCUGAGGGCCGUCGUCAACCGCGUCGUCAACCACGACGGCUACGGCGACACGGGCCUCGAGACGAACGUGGUCGGGUGGUUGCUCGACGCGGGCACUCCGUGGUCGGUCGCGCACGCGAUUCGCGCGCACGCGGGCGACGAGGACGUUCAGGUGGAAGCCGCCAGACUCGUGAGCGACCUGGCGCGCGCGAUGGGCGAACCGAGCCGCGGUAUCGAGCGCGACACGGACGACGACGACGAGUUGUUACCCAGCGAUCCGGACGAGGAUCCCCCCCUCGACGCGCACUCGAACGACGACGACGAUCCGAUCGGGGACGCGUACUUCGACGUCGGAUACGCCACUCGCGUCGCGGAGUGCGCGCGGAUACUCGCCGCGACCUCACCGGUCCGCCGCGAGGGCAAAGGGAGAGGGAGACGCGGAGGGGCCGAGGCGGACGGAGGACCGAGAUUCGGCGACCAGUCACCGCCCGACCAGUCACCGCCCGACCAGUCACCGCCCACUCGCCGCCCCCCGCGCGACGACGCGGACGUGGACGUCCUCGCCGCCUCCUUGGGCACCCUCGCGUUCUUCCGAGACAUCGGAGGCGACGCGGGGGUGGGUUCCGAGAGGGCGACGCGAACGAUGCUUCGCGCGGCUACGGUGGAUGAGUUCCAUCAAGCGGGCAUCGUCGUCGCUCGAGAGGGCGACUCCGAUCCGUUCGUCCGCGUCGUCCUCGGCGGCGAGGUGGGUUGCCACGCGCGACCGGGGGACGAGGACGCGUCGAAUAUUCGCGCGUGGGACCCGCCGCCGUCGCCGACGCGGCGUCUGCUCGACGCGGAGGCGGGCGACGGGCGAUCGGGCGGUGACUGGUCGCCGGCGAGCGAAUAUCCAGUGAGCGAGUAUCCGUCCGUAUCCUCGUCCGGCGGCGGCCGCUCGCCGGACGCCGCUCGCCAGACGACGAUCGAGGCUACGUUCGGGCCUAGGCGGGAGUGCGACUUUGGCGGGAACGGCGGCGGGGGACCCGGCGGUGUGCUUCGCACCGGGCGUUGGUUCGGUCCGAGGGACCCGGUGGUUGUGUCCGACGGGCCGUCCGCGUGUCGACACGUGGCGACGUACGUGACCCGAACCAAUCGCGUCGCGAUCCUCUCGAUCCCGUCGGAGGUUUGCCGCGCGUGCCUGGUGGAGAACGCGGUGGAAGGCUCGUUGGCGAACUUCUUCGGGGACGUCGGAGCGAGCGACGAAGAAGAAGAAGAAAAAGAAGAAGAAGAUGAUGACGAGACGCUGGGCGCCCCCGGAGUCGCGUGGGACGUCGACGAGAGCCCUUCGGACGCUUCGGAACGCGCUCGACGAGCGGACGCGUUGGAUCCCGCGAACACGUUCUUCGUCGAGACCGGCUUGACCGACGCGCUGCUGCACGUCACGAUGGGAUCGCACCCGCUGAGUCACCGGGUACAAAUCGCGGCGCUCGGAGCGAUUCGAACAAUCGCGUCAGAACCGUGCGGGGAGGGGACGCGGCGUAGGCUCGGCGCGGCGGGCGCGUUGGACAGGGUAGCCGCGGCGGCGACCGCCGCGGAGUUUUACAGCGGCGAAGACACGGCGGCGGCGGUUCGCGAGGAGGCGAAAACGUGCCUGCGGGCGCUGACGACGGGGUGCGAGCAGAACAUGCGAGCGGCGCUGGCGCUGGGAUGCGAGCGCAUGGUCUGGUAG